CCACCCGUUGUGGGGAUUCCAGUAUUGGAUUUCCAAUGUUUAUAGAAACCAAUAGAUUUUCUGAUUGUCUUGAGAUGAAUGUUUUACCACCAACAUGAAGAUAAUAUUGUGUUUGUUUUUCCUUGCAUGUGCAAGAACGGUAGUCGUAAGUUUGGAAUAUACUUGCACCGACGCAGGUUUAUAUAACUGCAAUGCUGGAGAAGGCCCGAUAAUGUUAUAUGACACUCGACACCUGCAAUUCGAUGACAGUGCUAUGCCAUCUGCAUUUGCAAAAGCAGACCAUUUCUACAGGGAAACCAACAGAAUUGUUCUUGAUGUUUUGAAGUAUAUAUCACGUUUACGUGUCAAUACGGGUAUUUACCAUUGGGAUUCUACCAUGGCGUCAUCACGACGCGUUUCGGAUGUAGUUUGUCGAAUGCACUCUCCAAUAGAUGCCACGAACACAAAUCGGCUUGGAGUUUCAUUUUGCGGUGUCGGCUUGGCUGUUUCUAGAGCUUUUAAUAGCGAUGCGAUUGGUGCUGUUUCUGCUGGAGCUGUUGCUGUUCACGGGUAUAUGCUACAACAAUUUGAAGUGCGCGUGAUGUAUCAGCUAAAAGACACGAGUUUAUACAUGCAGCUGAACGAUAAGAACCAAAUUUCCGCUGUGUAUCUAGACGACAUAAGUAAAGACAGUGGAGUUUACGUUAUUCGGAAAGUAUAUGCAUCGGAUAACAAAUUAUACAACCUCGCUCAAAUUGGUCUGAAUGGCACCUCCUGGAUUCAAGUCCUUGGAAAUACAACUACGUUGGCGACACAGGCUACCCUUUUUAAAACUUAUAAAAAUGGAGAUGAUAUCAGAUUUGAAUACAAUGAUACCUGUAUGUGCUUUGAUGAAAAUGGACACACACUAGACAUGAUAUCCACUAAUAUUGCGCUACAAAACAAAAGAUUUCAUUGUGUCUUCAUUGAAAUACCCGUUUAAUGCGCCUUUUCAACUCGAACAAUUGUUUUAGACGUGUUAAUAAUACUGACUCAUAUAGUUAUGUCCUAAUGUUAUGAACUUAAAUUGUCUAAGCUUGCAAAUGAUCAGUUCAUAUAAUUUACCUAUAUUUUGGACUCUUGUGUCAAUUGGAGCAAAACAAAAAACAUAGAACCGA